UCGCCGCACGUAGCGGGGGCGGGGCGGGCCGCGGGCGGCCGUUGUCGGCGCAGCGGGGCCGCUGCUGUUGGGCGGGCGCACGAACACCCGCGGGGCGGGGGCCGGUAGGCGGCGGCGGCGGCGGCGCGGACGGGAAGCGGCGAGGCUGCCCCUCCUUCCUUCGGCUCUCCGGCGGCGGCCGGCGCAGGACAAUGGAAGAGGCGGCAGCGGCGUUAGCAGCUGCAGCAGCGGCUGCGGCGGGGGGGCCGUGCCCGGCGGACCGACCGGGGGCAGCGGCGGCGGCGCUGAGCGGGGAGAACGAGGCCGAGAGCCGGCAGGGCCCGGCGGAGCGCGACGGGGACGCGGCCCCGCUCAACCUGUUGGACACUUGCGGCGUGUGCGGGCAGCCUAUCCAGAGCCGGCGGCCCAAGCUGCUGCCCUGCCUGCACUCGGUGUGCCAGCGCUGCCUGCCGCAGCCGGACCGGUACCUCAUGCUGCCCCCCGUCCUGACCCCCGCGGCCGCCGCCGCCCUCAAGGAGCCGCUGCCGGCGGCACCUCCCUUCUCGCCCGUCUCUUCGCAAGGCUCACCGCUGCACUGCACGCCCAUCGGUGUUAUCCGCUGUCCAAUUUGUGGUCAGGAAUGUGCAGAGAGACACAUCAUAGAUAACUUUUUUGUGAAGGAUACCACAGAGGUUCCCAGUAGCACAGUAGAGAAAUCAAAUCAGGUCUGCACAAGCUGUGAAGACAAUGCAGAAGCUCAUGGGUUUUGUGUGGAAUGUGUAGAGUGGUUGUGCAAGACCUGCAUCAGAGCUCACCAGAGGGUUAAAUUCACAAAGGAUCAUACUGUGAGGCAGAAAGAAGAAGUAUCUCCAGAGGCAGUUGGUGUGACCAGUCAGCGACCAGUGUUCUGCCCUUACCACAAAAAGGAGCAGCUGAAGUUGUAUUGUGAAACCUGUGACAAGCUGACCUGCCGAGACUGUCAGUUACUAGAGCACAAAGAGCACAGGUACCAGUUUAUAGAAGAAGCUUUUCAGAACCAGAAAGUUAUCAUUGAAACACUAAUCACCAAGUUGAUGGAGAAGAAUAAGUACAUAAAAUAUACAGGGAAACAGAUCCAUAACAGAAUUCUUGAAGUGAAUCAGAAUCAAAAGCAGGUGGAACAGGAUAUUAAAGUUGCCAUAUUUACACUGAUGGUAGAAAUAAAUAAAAAGGGAAAAGCUCUGCUGCAUCAGUUGGAGACUCUGGCAAAAGAGCACAGGAUGAAACUUCUGCAGCAACAACAGGAAGUGGCAGGUCUCUCUAAACAGCUGGAACAUGUCAUGAAUUUUUCCAAAUGGGCAGUUUCCAGUGGGAGCAGCACAGCACUGUUGUACAGUAAACGUUUGAUUACAUAUCGACUACGGUAUCUCCUCCGAGCAAGGUGUGAUCCUUCCCCAGUGACUAACAAUACCAUCCAGUUCCACUGUGAUCCUAGCUUCUGGGCUCAGAAUAUUUUCAAUCUAGGUUCUUUAGUAAUUGAAGAUAAGGAAACUCCACCACAUAUGCCCAAGAGCCCUGUGAUUGAAGCAAACUUACAGCCACCAGGCAGUUUAUCUCCCAACCAGCUCUCCAAGUUCCCAACACAGAUCAGCUUAGCUCAGCUCCGCCUCCAGCACAUGCAGCAGCAGGUCAUGGCUCAGAGACAGCAAGCUCAGCGCAGAGCAGGACCAGUAGUUCUGCCAAACCCAAGAAUGCCAGGAGCCAUGCAACAACCUCCUGCUUCUCAUCAGGCACCUCCACGCUUGAUUCAUUUUCAGAAUCAUAGUCCCAAACCCAAUGGUUCAGCUCUUCCUGCACAACAGAUGAGAUUUCCCCAAAAUCAGAACCUACCAAGGCCAUCAGUGAAGCCUAGCCCAUUGCAAAUGGCAUUCUUGGCACAGCAAGCUAUAAAACAGUGGCAGAUUAGUAGUGGACAAGCUUCAUCCACCCCUUCAACUGCAAGCAGCUCAACAUCGACUCCAUCCAGCCCCACAGUCACCAGUGCUGCUGGGUGUGAUUGGAAGAAUUAUGGUCCCCCCGUGAUAGAUCUGAGUUCCCCAGUGGGCAGCUCCUAUAAUCUGCCAUCUCUGCCUGAUAUUGAUUGUUCAGGAAGCAUGACAUUGGAUAAUGCUGUAAGGAAGGAUGGCACUGUAGAGCAGAAUCAGCCAAAACCUCCUUCAAACAGGACUGUGCAGUCACCAAAUUCCUCAGUACCAUCACCAGGCCUCUCAGGAGGAAUCAGUGUGACAAAUGUACACCCUCCAAUUCGUUCACCCAGUGCCUCCAGUGUUGGGAGCAGAGAGAGUUCUGGCUCCUCCAGCAGGCCACCAGGAGCUGAUUCUACACACAAAGUCCCUGUUGUUAUGUUGGAGCCGAUCAGAAUUAAACAGGAGUCAAGUGCAUCAAAUGAGAACUUUGAUUUCCCAAUUGUUGUAGUGAAGGAAGAGACGGAGGAGGAAUCCCGGCCUCGGAAUUCCAUACUUACUUCCUUGCUGCUGGAUACCAGUCACAAUUCCUCUUCUGAGGAAGCUAUGCUAAGAACAGAUGCACCAGACAGCACAGAUGACCAGCCAGGGGCACUGCAGGAGAACACGUUCCCUGGGAAAACAGCUUGGAUGGGAUCCUCCCAUGCUGGCGAGGGCAGAAAAGAGGAUGAUCCGAAUGAAGAUUGGUGUGCUGUAUGUCAAAAUGGAGGGAAGCUCCUUUGCUGUGAGAAGUGUCCCAAAGUAUUCCAUCUUUCUUGUCAUGUUCCUACAUUGAUGAGCUUUCCAAGUGGAGAGUGGAUUUGUACAUUCUGUCGGGAUUUGUCCAAGCCAGAAGUUGAAUAUGACUGUGAUAAACCUGCUCACAGCUCUGAAAAACGAAAAUUGGAAGACACCAUGGGUUUGGCACCCAUAGACCGCAGGAAGUGUGAAAGACUGCUGCUAUACCUCUACUGUCAUGAAAUGAGUCCUGCCUUUCAAGAUCCAGUUCCUCCCACAGUCCCUGAUUACUACAAAAUAAUCAAGAAGCCUAUGGACCUGUCAACCAUCAAGAAAAGACUUGAAGUGACCAAUUCAUUCUACAAUAAGCCAGAAGAUUUUGUGGCUGAUUUCAGACUGAUUUUCCAAAACUGUGCUGAAUUUAAUGAGCCUGAUUCAGAAGUGGCUGAUGCUGGCAUGAAACUUGAAUCCUACUUUGAAGAUCUUCUAAGGAAUCUUUAUCCUGAGAGAAAGUUUCCUGUACAGCCAAACAGCCAGAGUGAAAAAGAUAAUGCAGAAGUUACCGAUGACUCAGAUGAUGACUUUGUACAGCCCCGGAAAAAACGCCUCAAAGGAGAAGACCGUCAAUUGCUUAAAUGAGCCACAUGUGUUCCUACAGAAAGUUUUUUAAAAACUGAGCAUAUUUAUCACUGGUAUCACUGUUUUUGACUUGUAGGUUUGUGAAUAUUUACUAGACUUUCUACCCCCUGUCUGAAACACAAAUCUAAUGGAGAUCAAGACAUGUGAAGAGCUUCUCUGAAGUUCAAACCUUUCAUCUCUUUUCUGGAGCAGCUCAGAAAUUGCCAUUUGCGUGGUGUGACAGCUGUUUAAUUUUGCUUUGAAGAAGUUUGUAUAGAAUUGAACUUCAAAACAUAACAUGAGUUCAACAUGUGGCUUUCUGAAUUUAAAGAAAAUGUGAUCUCACCAGACUUUUAUUUUUACCAAAGGCAUGUGGCUGGCCAUAAUUUGAUCUCUCUGUACUGUAUUUAACACAAACCAUGAAAAAAGAUGGUAUAAUGUUAUUGUCUUGCAGUACUGGUUGAUAUAAUGAAAGUGUAGUUGCCCCCAAAGAAGUUACUGGGAAUUUUUAAAUGUAAGGGAGAGGAUACUAAAAAUAACUUAAAAAAAAAAAAAAACAAAAACGAGGAAUUUGUGUGAGAGUUUCUAACUGAGGAAGUAAAGGACAGAAAAUUUUGGUUUACACCAUUUUUCUUAUCACCAGCAGGAAACAAUGGUAUUUCUGUACUACUUUGUUUAACAGGUGUCUCAAGUGUGACGUACCUCUAUUUAAUGAAGUUGGUGGGAAAGUCUUAAAUGGAAAAAUGUUUGUUUGCAAAA